AUUCGUUUGAACGAAACCGGUACGGAUCCGUCUCCGGUUCAGGCGAACGUAGCCCCCAUGAAGCAUCCCAAGAUGAAACUGAAAGGACGCAACGAUGGGCAGAGUAGUGCUGCGUCGAGGAAGGUGGCAUCAAUUGAGACACCUGCGGUUGGUGACGGAGCACCGGGUGUUCCCGCUCCCCGCGGCGAUGGCGAUGUUCACAUGGACAAAAAGCUAGCACCGAAUGUGGCCGCCGCCCCGAACGUCGGUGUGUUGGUCGAUAGUCCAGGCGCACGAUCGCCGCAGACCGUUGAUGUGGCCCAAUCGAUCGACACGUUGGCACAGGAGGAAGCCAAACGGCAGGAGAAGCUCGUGCUGAACAAUGUCUACAAAAAGUACAUCUACAAUGCGAAUGAUAAUGAUGGUCCAAUGGGUGCGCUAGAAGCACCGGUCGGCAUUAGAGAACGCAAUCGUGGACCGGUCGAUGAGCGGAAACCUUAUAUUUAUCUACCAUACGACCAGCUUGAAGCCGAUUCGCGUAAUCCAUUUUUGACCAAUCAAAUCCCACAAUCGGUUCCGGAGGAAGCGCUCGAGUAUGAUUAUGGUGCAGUACCGGCACAACCGGACGAUGAUGGUAGACCAUUACCAGCCUAUCAGAGGCCACGAUACCGCACCGGUGGACGGGAUGUUCGGAGCAAGUUUGGAGUUUUUGAUGAUAUCGAUUUCCACGACCCAUCGCUAGAGGAGCAGGUUUUCAACGAGUCCAAUCCCAACUCACAGAUCGUCAAGAAGGUUCUGCUGAACGAUGAGAUCAUGGAUGAACUCAAGAAUGCCGAUCCGGGAAGCAAAGGCUCGAAGGAGACGCUCUGGGACUUGGAGAUGGAAAAGGAAGCAAAAGAAGCGAUGAAUGAUGUUAAUGCCAUGAACUUUGAGUACAACAACAAGGCGAAGCGACAGACCGGCACAACGGUAAUGGCGACCGGAACUCCGAUGAGCUCCACAUCAUUACAACCGACCGGAAGCGGCGUGCUGCCGGUCGCUGCCUCAUCAUCGAAUGAGAACAUUCUUCCCUCGAUCGCUUCCACGGGUGUACUGUUGAAGUCGAUCGGUAGUUCCGGAACGACAACGGCUGCACCAUCGUCCGUUUCGUCUACAAUCGAUUACGUGUUUGUAAUGAACAUCCGCGAAUCGGAAGCGUAUCCACCGCUUUUCCUCGAUUCGGAUCUUAGCUGUAUUCAGGAGAAACUUCAGGCGUACCGUACCUAUCGCAACGAGGAUAUGUUGGUGCUGGAGAAGAAGUUCUUGGCUCAGUGUUUAAAGUCUCGGCUACCGAUGUUACAACCCACUUACCAACGCUUCGAAACGCAGAUCAUUGUGACGCGGAUCGAAAUCGGUUGCUCAUGCAGCUCGGAGCUGGACCCGACACGUGAGGUAUGCUCGCAGCUACACAGCUACGAUCAGCAGCGCUGGACGCAGUUUAUGGGGAAUGGCGGUGAUGGGCGGUACUGAGAUCGUGCUGGUGAAACAGAACAAAUCAUCUGAGCUGGGCCACUUAGCACAGCACAGAACAAAAUUUCCCUAUUCAGCAUCCCUUUCCAACCAUGGAACAUUUGGGGGAAAAUCAUGUCCAGCUUCCACAAGCACACCAGGGUUGGGGUUUUCUGCUUGGCUGUUCCUCUUGUGUAUCGUAUGAGGCUUCGGCGUUUAUUUUGAGAUUAGACCAAUAGACGGAAGUAGGGACACUCACACGCACACGAAUCUACUACAAUUCACCCACAACAUGGCGGCAAGACAAAUCUUUCUAUCCAUCAUUGCUCGGCACCGGUGGUCACCUGGCCUGGGCCCAUCACAGAGGAGCAGCUAUACGUACGGAUAUCAUUGAAAACUAUUCAAUCUCUUAUACUGUUACCACGAUUGAGACAGGACGAAAGAGAGCACGAGAGGGUUGUCGAUAGGAGGGGAUGUGAAUGGGCAGCUGCAUAUUUACAAUGUUUAGUGUCCCUGGUCUUUGUGCAUAAUGUGCCACGGAUCAGGCGACGAGAGAGUGGGUCUGCUGGAGGUAAAGAAGCAGUCCAAUAGAUAGACAGUGUGUAAAUAUAUAAUGCCGAUUGGA